AUGUCUCCUUCCCCUCCGUUCUCUCCCCCCUCGCCUUCCUUUCUUUCGCCUCUCCCUCCGUUCCCUCCUUUCCGUCCUCUCUUUGCCCUCUCUUUUCUCCUCCCUCUCCCUUCUCUCACUGAUCUGUCUCCUCUCCCUGGCUUGCCCUUCCGCCCACUAGCUUCUCGCCCUAACCGCUAUGCUUCUCCCUCUUGCUAUUCUGCUUCCAACCUUCCGUCUCAUUUUCUUUCUUCUCUUCUUAUACCUCCCUUUCUUUGCACGUCAUCUCCCCUUCCUUUUCGGCAGCAAUUGGUGGGAGGAAGCAGGGGGGAAAUCAAGGAGGAGUGGGGUCAAGAAGACAGAGAAGCAGGGCGUGUGAGGGAGGAUGGGGGCAUGGGGCAAAGGCGAGGAGUGGCUGGGGCCAAUGGGAUGGAGGAUGGGGAAGAGAGAGGGGACAGUGGGGUUGAUAAAGGGCAGGAGAAGGGCAAAGAGCAGGGAGGGAGAGAGGGGCAGGGAGAGGGGCCUAUACAUGGGGAGGGAGGAGGAGAUGGAGGGAAGGAUAGGGCAGCACUGGAGCAGGGAAAGGGGGAAAGUGACGGGGUGAUGGGGACGUUGGAAGAACAGAUGACGGCGUUGCAGCGGCAGCAGGCAGAGGUGCAAGCGUGGGAGGAGGAGGUGAUAAAGAGAAUAGGGGCAGUUGAGAAGCGGGAGUGGGAUGUUGCGAGGAAGGAGAAAGAGAUUGAUGCAAAGUGGAAGGAGAUGAAGAAGCGGAAGGAGGAGGAGGGGGUGAAGGAGUGGGAAAAGGAGGGGGAAGAGGAGGGGGAAGAGGAGGGGGAUGGAGUGGGAGAGUUAGUGAGAAUGCUGAAGCUGGGUGUGAGAUCGUUGCAAGAGAACAUUGAGACGGUGCUGCACACUGAAAGCAGGUGA